AUGGCGCAGGCCCAAACGGUCAAGCAACUCAUUAACGAUACUGAGACAGAGCUGGAACAUUUAAAGCGUCAUCUGGCAGAAACUGAACAUACCUUCUUAGUAAAUCAUGAAAAGGCUAAGGAAAAAGCAAUCAAUAUUGUUAACGCAACUUACGAAAAAGUCCAAUCUGAUGCGACGGCAGUCCGAAGACAAGGGAUAGAUACCCAAGUAUGCACUAAUGAACUGAACUUAGAGAUUACAAAAGCUCUGACGUACUUCUUAAAGCACUUGCAAGAAUGUUACAAUCAAUAUACUCUCCGCUAUCCUGAAAUGAACGCUGCGCUUGGUAAUCAAACGAAGGAAGGAGCGAAAUUGAAGGGAGAAUUGGAUGAAAUUUUCGACAAGAAUAAAAAUAAAGUGAAAAAGCCAUAUCCAGGCGUUCGCGACCUAAGAGUUGCAGUCAAAUCAUGGAAAAUGUAUAUUAUGAUGCUAAAGAAGUAUGAGAGUAGCGAUACUGCAAAUGCUAAAAAAAAUCUGGGGCGCUGCCGCAAAUCAUUACUCAAAUAUUUGAAGCAACAAUCAAAAUAUCACGAGCGCGAGGCGACCCACUGCAUCAAGAAUUUAACUGAAAAACCUGAAUUAGUCGCAGCUUCAACUGUAUCAAACGUGGAUAAUUUGAGCACUCUGCAGACAAAGGCCGAAUCGCUGAAGAAACAUAUGGACACAGUGAAGAAUAAUUUGAGGAAUUACAAACUUGAAUUGAUAAAAGCUGAGAAGGGCCUCCACACGAUAUAUGAAAAGAAAAGAGAAAUGGCAAGCAACGAGAUAGAAACAAGAGUUCGAGCGCUCACAAAUGGGAAUAAGACAGCUCUACAAAGGAGGAAGAAUGCAAGUGAGUGUAUCAGUGCAUUCUCCAACACAGCGAAAAGAAUUAUGGUCAACCGUGUUGGACAGAUGGACCAGUGCUUCCAACUAUAUAUUGCUCAGUACGACCAACUGAAAGAUUAUUAUAAAAACUUGACAAAGGAAGGAUACGGAUUGUAUGAGAAAUAUAAUGGUAUUCGAAAGAAUAUUGAAAUUAAUGAAGUAAUGCAAGUAUAUAGAAAUGUUCAUGAACUGAAAAAUUUAAUUGAAUCAUGGGAAGCUGACAUCAACUUGUUGAAAACGUAUGAGAAAGAAGACAAUGCAGUUGCGAAGAAGAAUAUUCAACACUGCACUAGUUCAUUGUCCGGUGCAAUGAAGAGACAAUUCGACAAGCUUACUAUAAAUGCUUGGCAGUGUAUCAAGUCUCUGCCUACAACAGAGACUCCAGUUAAACCACUCAUAACUGUAACUGAAUCAGCCGAGGCAGUAAAGUCAAAUUCCGAGGCUACGACUGUACCUGGAUUACAUCAGACAGUAAAACCAGCAACUGAGUCUGCACUUCAACCAUCGACGAUUGUAACUGGAUUAGAUGAGAAAGUAAAGCCAAAUACUGAGGUUGCCACUCAACCACCUCCAUCAGUAACGGGAUUAGAUGAGACAGUAAAACUGACAACUGAGGCGGCGACUCAACCCCCUACGACUGUCAUUGGAUUAGGUGAGACAGUAAAGCCACCAACUGAGGCUGUGACUCAGUCACCUACGACUGUAAUUGAGUUAGAUGAGACAGUAAAGUCAACCACUGAGGCUGCGACUCAAGCACCUACAACGGUAACAGGAUUAGAUGCGACCGCAAAGCCAACAACUGAGGCUGUGACUCAGUCACCUACGACUGUGAUUGAGUUAGAUGAGAUAGUAAAGUCAACCACUGAGGCUGUGACUCAAGCACCUACAACGGUACCAGGAUUAGAUGAGACCGCAAAGUCAACAACGGAUGCUGCGACGCAAGCACCUACAACGGCUGCGACUCAAGCACCUACAACGGUACCAGGAUUAGAUGAGACAGUAAAGUCAACCACUGAGGCUGUAACUCAGUCACCUACGACUGUGAUUGAGUUAGAUGAGACAGUAAAGUCAACCACUGAGGCUGCGACUGAAGCACCUACAACGGUAACAGGAUUAGAUGAGACCGUAAAGCCAACAACUGAGGCUGGGACUCAAGCCCCUACAACGGUCACACGAUUAGAUGAGACCGCAAGUCCAAACAACUGA